AAAGCUGGAGUUAGCAAAACACCCCGUUUUGGAAAAACAUCUAGAUCGGACUGUCAAGGGAGGGGUUGCCUGGUCUAUAUCAAAUAAUGCUUAAAUAGACUUGGUUUUGUCUAAGAGAUAGCCGACCCAAGGGGAAAAGCUUAGAUUCAGAGAUUUCCCUUUUCGAGAAUGAGACAGAGGGGGUUCUAGGCCACAAUAUUUAGGGCGGGCGGUCGAGCAUCGGUCGUUAGUUCGCAGUCAAUUUCUCUGUCAUCAGUGUGAUGAGACAGUGAGGAAGACAGAGACACCUAACAGGACGCGGGACAUUUGAGGAGAAGGUGUAACUCCGUGUGAUGUGAUUGCCCUCAUCAUCAGCACAGCCAAGCAACUGCAGUUCCCGCCUGUGACGCGUGCACGGUCGUCGUGCAGCAGGAAGACGCGUUCACUACGCUCCUCUCUCCACUCCUCGCGCUCUGGGAAAGGAAAUUAAGAACUGGGGACGCUCGAAGUGAACCUUUAAAAAAAUAACCUCCACCCUUUACUAUUCGACAUCUACGAGGAUAAACGACGGUCUUUUGAGAUAACUGAAGUCACUCUAAAAGGUUGUAGCCUACGUGUGCCCUGGACCACGAUUCACAGCGGAGAGGGAAGAAAAGAAGAGCUUCAUCAUGAAUUUUGUUAUGAAAGCUGCGAUGGGAGGUGGCCCCCCUGACGUGGGCAAGAUGCUGGGAGGGGAGGAGAAGGAGGCGGACCCUGACGCAGAGAAGAAGGAGGAAGAGAGACAGGAGGCGCUUAGACAGCAGGAGGAGGAGAGGAAGGAAAAGUAUGCCAAGAUGGAGCUCGAGAGGGAAGGGAUGAGGCAAGGCAUCAGGGACAAGUACGGCAUUAAGAAGCGCGAGGUGGUGACAGAGGAGGCAGCCGUGGAAGAGGCCUCCGAGGGCAGCUUGACCCGCCCCAAGAAAGCUGUACCUGCCGGCUGCGGAGACGAAGAAGAAGAGGAGGAGAGCAUCAUGGAUACAGUCAUGAAGUACCUCCCGGGCCCCCUUCAAGACAUGUUGAAGAAGUAGCCGAGCUAGGCUAACGCUAGGCUAGACUAACGUUGGGCUAGGCUAGGCUAACAUUGAGUUAGGCUAGGCUAGGCUGACGCGAGGCUAGGCUAAUACAAACGUGACCUAGUGACCUUGGGAGGGCGCUAACGCUAACCUGUGGCACGGUGAAGCUAGAGUGUUUAAUCCUUCUAGUCAAGAAGUUUUAGAUUACGUUUUUGUCCCUCUGCAAUGAGGCAGAGAAAAGAUUAGCAACCCCUUGAAAAAUAAACCUCCACCACCAAAACACCUAAUUCAAGGCAUCACUCCUUUGAUUUGUAAAUAUUCUGGAGGUGGGGGAGGGGCAGGUAGAAAAAUGAGAAAAACUAGAAUAAAUAAUCAUUUAAUCGUGUUGUCUGUCUUAACAAUAUCUGAGAAGAAUAACUUGAUAAGCCAUAUUUUAUCUCCAAGGAUCUUUGAGGAGUUCUCAUAUUCUUUACAAUAAGGCUACAUGUUUGUUGUCGUUUUCUUUGUCUAUGAUAUUUAUGUGAAAAUCUUUUGCACACAUGUAAAAUGUGUAGUCUAAACACACACACACAUGUACACACACGUACACACACAUACACACACACAUACACACACACACUGUGUCAGAGCCCAUGUUCUAUCGUUAAUGUCACCAAACUACCAUGACGUAGGUCUAAAACAACAUUUUAUAUUCCAAUUCUGUGUACUUUCUGAUGUCUGCAUGAUAUUUGUCUAGUCCUGUCUGUUGUGAAUACGUUCAAUAACCCUUUCUUCUCUUAGUCACGCAAAAAUUAUAAGGCAAUAAUUCUGAUUUUGAAUGUGGUUCCACUAUCAUGGGUAUGAUGUAAUCAUAAUAUUGACAAUGGCAAUGAAAACUGUGUUGUAUGCAUUAAGGAAUUUAAUUUACAGGUUGCAGGGAGGGGGAGUCAUAUUAUUGUGGCACACUUGUAUACAGCUAGUAUACAGUUCGAAAAACUUCAUGCUUCCAUUGAUGAACCGGAAUAUUCAAAACAUUUUAUUUAACAAUUUGCAGAAAAAGUAAACAAUAAUUAUUUAAAAGAUACUUCAUCAAAAACAGUAUUGACCCAACAGCUACAUUUUCCAUCGUAUAAAGAGAGAGAGAAAUUAUGAGUUUCUUUUUCCAAUCCUUGGACUGAAAAUAGCUGUUGUUUUGACCACCAAUUUUGCUAGCUUAGCUAAAUAAAACAAAAAAUUCUAAUAUAAACAAAAAUAACCGUUAAAGAAGAGAAUACUAUGCUUGAUAAUUCUGUAACUCAUUGACUGGUUGGUUAGUUGUGAGAAUGUUGUGUUGGUUUUUACCAGAAUGGAAUGCUGAUAUAAGCAAUAAAGGACCACCCUGUAUGUUCUGCUUGAAAAUAAAAUUAAACAACUCGUUCACUGAAAGUAAUGUUUGUCAUCUUUCGUAUCGGAUGGAUCUCCACCCCCUGUAAUAUGUAAAACCGUUGUUUGAGAGAAACACAUAAAGAAAGAGAUUGAUAGAAAGGGAGUGAGAGAGAAAGAGGAGGAGGGAGUUAAGCUUGUUGUUCGGCACUCUGAUAUUAUCCAGACAGCAAAGCCAUGUUCAGACUACAUUUUUGUGUAAUUGCCAUAUCCGUAUUACAACCUGUCUUGGUUGGGUAUCCCUUGUAAUAGAUGCGUACUUUAAUACAGCCUCAUCCAAAAGGAUCCAAAUUAUUAUUUUUUAAUCCACCAAAUGGCGUUCUCAAAAUGUUUUCAUGCAAAAGUUUGUUAGCAUUGUUAGCAAUGCUAUUGGACGUGAUUUUUUUUAAAUUUAGUUUUGUUUGUGUUAAGAAAAACUGAUGUGUCCUCUAGGGUAUAAAUGGUACUUAGUUUGACCAUCUAGCUGAUACAGUAUCUUCUGCAGACUUAUAACCAAAAUACCUGCCAAAAUACCUGGCAUGCCUGCCUGCCUGCCUGACUGGCUGGCUGGUUUGUUGACUGAUCUAAGAUGGCUGGCUGAUUGGAUCACGGGUAUUCUGACUGGCUGGCAUUGGUGCAAGCCCUCUGAUUGUCCACUGGGAGUCAGUAUGCCUGUAGUUUGACUUACAGUUUUUUACAAUUGCUGAAGCACAAUUUUGAAAACAGGGUCACUUUGUCAAAACACAACACACAAUUCACACAACUAGACACACAAGUAGCAGAACACCUCCAAUCUGCAAAAUGAAACCCUUAGUUCAAAACUACACAAUCGUGUAUAAAAAUCUAUUUCUGUCACCAUAUGCCACACACACGGUUCAUAAAAUGUGACUCUGUUUGAACCAGUUACACACUGUAGUGCAAAAUUUAAAACACUUUUACACUAACUAUUCUUUUCUAAUGAUAUAACCUGAUUGAUUUUGUCAGAGAUAUUGUUCCAGUAGAGUACGUACGAGUCCAUUAAUAUGUUGACCAAACACAACACACAAAACUAGUACUGCACAAUGCUGAAAAUAUUUACUGUAUUUCUACACAUUGUCUACGUAAAGGUUGCUUUUUGCGCAGAAAAUCAGAACAUAUUUCAAAUUGAAAACUGUAUAGUAAGUUACAUACUGUAAACACAGCAAAAACAUAUGUGGAGACAAAUGAAAGUAUUCAGCAAAUGAAAUACAGUACAUUGUUUCAAUCAUGGACUGCCGUGAAUGUGUACAAGGUACUGAUGUAGUGCAUAUAGUAGGCUACAUGUUACUGUAGACAGUAGAGAAUAGUAGUUUUCAUAUGUGCUCUUGUCAAAAUGUCCAAAUUACUGUUGCAACAGCAUAUCUGCUGAGGUUGGGCUGUACUCUCUGUCCAGUCUCUCUCAAUGUUGCCCCAUGGUUCAGAGUUGGGUUCUUAUUGUAUCGUUUUGAACCAAGUGUUUCAUUUGGCAAAGGAUUGGAGGUGUUCUGCUACUUGUGUGUCUAGAUGUGUGAAUCGUGUGUCGUGUUUUGACAAAAGUAAGCCCUGUUUUCAAAAUUGUGCUUAAAGGUCCAUUGACAUGAACGUUUCACUUUAGGAGGUUAUUUAACAUCAAAAUGAGUUCCCCUUGCCUGCCUUUGCUGCCCCAGUGGCUAAAAAUGUUGAUAUGUGUAAACCAAGCCCUGGGAUUUGAACAGUAUUGUUCCGAAACCAGAGAUGACAAAUGCACACACUUCCUUCACUCAAGUAGAAAUACAGAUACUCAUGUUUAUAAAGACUCUGGGAAAAGUUGAAUUACUGACUACACUUUUUUACUCAAGUUAAAGAAGUAUGGGCUUUGACAUAUACUUGAGUAAAAAGUACCCAUUAUCACUACCUGUUUUAGUGUGAUGCUGGUAACUGGACCUCACAGACGAGGUGGAUACCCUGGCAUCAUGGUACAAGGUAUUACAUCAAUAAUAGUACAAGAGUACAGUAGUAUAUAAUAAAGUCCUCAUCAAAUACUAAUCAAUAAUGACUCACCCACUCACCCAUAUCUGAUGGAAACUGAGUCAAUUUACAUAAUACCAUAGUAAAGAUGUUGAGUAAUCCCGUAGAGAUUAGCCAAGAAAAACAACACAGCCUUUGUCAUUUCAAAACGUAUUUAUCAGGAACAAAAUCAAAACAACGUGACCAUUAUCUAAAAGAAACAAUAGUCAAGCCAAGGCACAGAACAGCCAUAACUUUAAUGAGUACACAUUACUCAAAGAUCAUAUUUCUUUCAUAUUUGGCUGUUUUAGAAACUCCAACCAUCCCUUUUUAUUUUUUCUCAAAAUUCCCAAGAUGUUUUUUUGUUUUAUGAAUGGCUUAUUCCUCUGCCAUUCUCAGGUCUAUAAUAACAGAACCCAGAAAGGACCACAAAUCAAACCUUGCUGCUGUACACCUGCAAAUACAGCAGACAACCAAUACUGUUCGCCACAACAUCAUACUGUAGAGGCAAUAAUGCCCCCUAAUGGCACAUUACAGAAGUACCAUCAUAUGCAAGUGAAACCAUGUAUGUACUAAGAGUAGCACAUUCCUAAACCUACCAAUAGCACUCAGCUGGGAGUAGCUGUUAGUAGGUCCUAUCUCAGAAUUACAGUGCUUUCAAACAGUGUUAAAUACAACAAACCUAACGCCACCAGCUAAUGUGACAUCUGUCAGUUGUGUUCAAACAAACCCACACACGGCAGGUUUCCGUGGCGGCCGAAACAGACGUGGCGAUUUUAAGACGCUGCCGGAUGUCAAACAACGUAGUGUCGAGGGAAGAUCAGUAAACAACAACAAACAAACAACAACAAAUAAA